AUGGAGUUACAUGUAUCCGGAAAGUAUGGUAGUGCCGACAACAGAUUCAAACCCAGUUAUUUGAAAGCGGUGCAACAAUUACUAGAUGCAAAUAAAUGUUGUGGUACCGCUGAUGCUGAAGUUUGGGAUGAGUACAAAAAGAUUCAUAACGGUGCUGCAUGUUUUCGCGAUAAACCAUUUCCCCAAUUCGAUAACUUGUGUAAAAUAUUCGAUGAGGAUAGAGUUACUGGUAGUGGAGCUAGUGAUCUGGGAGAAUAUGUGAUUGAAGAAACACAAAGAAACUCACAUGUUGAUAUGGAAGGGUUAGAAGAUAUUGUGGGAGAGAUACAACAAGUUAUUAGUGUCAAUAGUAAACAUAAAAGGCCUCCAACUGAUGACACCGAAAGUUCUUAUAUGGAAGCAACAAAAGAAAUGAAAGAGACUUUCAAGGAGGUUGGUGAGAAACUUACUGAAACAAUAUACAAUAUAAGAAGACAAUAA